GAGAUGAACUACCAGCGGGCCAUGCAGAAGAUGGCAGAGGACAUCUUAUCGCUGCGGAAACAGAUCAGCGUCCUGGAGGCAGAGAACCACAUUCUGAGGAGCCAGCUAGCCCAGGGAGAGGUGGAAGAGGAGCAGGACGACGCCAGCAAGGGCCAGAAUCUGGUGUCCAUGAAGCAGAAACUGCUGCUGAGUGAGCUGGACAUGAAGAAGCUGCGGGACAAAGUGCAGCAUUUGCAGAAUGAGCUGAUUCGAAAGAAUGAUCGUGAGAAGGAGCUGCUCCUCUUGCACCAGGCUCAGCGGCCACAGGCUGCGCUGCUGAAGCGGUACCAGGACAAGCUGCAGAAGAUGAAGUUGCUGGAGGAGACCGUGCGGCACCAGGAGAAGGUGAUUGAGAAGAUGGAGCGGGUGCUAGAGGACAAGCUGUGGGAUAGGAAGGAGCCCCUGCUCACCAGGCAGCAGGGAAAGCCCAACGUGGCCUUCCCUGCGCUCUCCACCUCCGGCCUUCCCCCGGGGCCUGCAAGAGAGAACCUGCCCUUGGACCUGUACUCCGUGCUGCUGGCAGAAAACUCCAGGCUGCGGGCAGAGCUGGAUAAGAACCGCCACCAGUCGACCCCCAUCAUUCUGCAGCAGCAGGCCCUGCCGGUGGACCCCAGGGAGUUGGGUGCAGGAGGAGACCUGGCAGAGAGACUGCAGGAGACAGAUGGCUCAGGCCACUCCAAGGGCGCAGAGACCCUGCCGGUACAGGAUCUCCUUGGCAAUACUUCAGACAAGUUCAACCUUCUGGCCAAGCUGGAACGAGCUCAGAGCCGGAUCCUAUCCCUGGAAAGCCAGUUAGAGGACUCGGCCCGACGCUGGGGACGAGAGAAGCAGGACUUAGCCACUCGGCUGCAGGAGCAAGAGUAUGGCUUGGGGCAACCCUCAAACUCCAUCACCACCAACCUGCCUAACUACUUGGCCCUCUCCAAGGACAACAGGCGCCCCUCGAAGCUGGACCCCUUGAUGCCCAGCGUAGAGACUAAGCUCAACAAGCCCUCAAACUCCCAGAAGACCUGAGUCUUUGCAGACCUGAGUGCUGGAGCAGGCCUCCUUCUCUGCGUGCAGGGGGGAUUCUCAUUCCACCCUCCCAAGACUUCAUUAAACGCUGGGAGCAGUUUCAUUGCCUACGUAAUUGACAAUGAACUAUGUUUAAAAUGUGCUCAAAGGCUCAUCUGCAUCCUGUCCCAGAGACCAACAAUCGUCUGCUAGAGCCCAACAGAAACACGGGAACAGGAAACAGCGAGGGCUUUUGCACAGCGCCGCCAGUACCCAGCACACCACCCGGCCGGCUGGCCCUACAACAUGGCGUGGUGGUCAUCCAUGCACACACAGCCUCCUUGUCACGGGCUGAGCUGCGUCCCUGCCAAGUUCAUAUGCCGAAGCCCUAAGCGUCGCUUCACAGCGUGACAGUACAGGGAUGUGGGGCCUUUCAAGAGUGAACUAAGGUACUGACGCUC